AUGGCUUGGUACACCCAGACGAUCGAACGAGUCUCCGACUCUUGGAACACCCACCAGGCUCAUCUCCCGAUGUUGGCCUUGACUGGAGCGUCUCUGACUGUGGCUCUUCUUCUUCGCUCGUUUCUAUCUGAGCAACAUCCCGAGGGGACAAUUCUUGCUUCCCCUCGCGCAUUAGUCUCCUCCCUGUCGGAUGAAGACAACCUUCAUAUUCCUUUGCCAAGCGAUGUGCUUCCUGGGGCACGAGAUGUUGCUUCGCCAUACGGCUCAAUGAGAGUGUAUGAGUGGGGCCCGGAAGAUGGACCUAAGGUGUUGUUUGUUCAUGGGAUCACUACGCCUUGUAUUGCGUUGGGCGGACUGGCUCAUGCUUUGGUCGAUCGAGGUUGUCGGGUGAUGCUGUUUGACCUAUUUGGAAGGGGUUAUUCCGAUUGCCCUUGCGAUGUUCCUCAGGACAAUCAGCUCUUUACCACGCAGAUUCUUCUCGCUCUAAGCUCGUCCACCAUUCCAUGGACAGGAGUCGGUUCUGGCAAGUUCUGCCUAGCUGGUUAUUCUCUGGGUGGCGGAAUUGCAGCAGCAUUUGCUUCUUACUUUCCUAAUCUUCUCUCCUCUUUGGUGUUGCUCGCCCCAGCUGGUUUGAUCCGCGACUCUCAGAUCAGCUUUCAGUCUCGGCUUCUAUAUUCGCGUGGACUCGUCCCAGAACGAGUGCUUGGUUUUCUUGUUGGUCGUCGCCUCCGUGCUGGGCCACUUACUACACCGAAGCCCAAGAAUGUAAAACUCAAUGCUGCGGACGCCCUCUCCGAAGAGCUUCCCUCGCAACAGGCGGCCAGCGUGCAACUGCUAUCUCGCGCAUACCCCCAUGUCGCUGUUCCCUCUGUUGUCAACUGGCAAGUGAACAAUCACCCCGGAUUUGUCCAUGCUUUCAUGUCCAGCAUGCGCUAUGGGCCCAUUCUGCAACAACGGCAAUGGGGCACUUGGACACGCUUGGGUAAGUACUUAGCAGCACAGAGAGAUCUCCCAGUAGAGGCGCAACCAGAAAAAGGCCUCUCAAGUGACAAGGUGCUCAUAAUUGGCGGCAUCCAUGAUGCAAUCAUCUUGAAAGAUGAACUUGUCUCAGAUGCCACAUUGGCGUUACAGGGAAAUGUCAGUUUCGAAUUCUUCGAUGCAGGCCAUGAGUUUCCAAGCACCUUAUACGAUAAGACAGCGCAGCGGAUAUGGGCGCUACUGCAUUGA